CAACCAUUCAAGAAAUACACCAAAGUGAUCCAUAGACUGAUGUGGCAGUACUGAUCAAACAUUAAUUGGGACAAUGGAAGAUCCAGUUUCAGAAGAUCCAUUUUCAGAAGACCCUCAGAUGCUAACCAUUCCUCAAGCAGUAAACACUGGAAAUGUAGAGACUGAUUCACCAGGAGACUGUCACUUUAAAGAAACUUUACCAAUUCAAGAGAUUGAACCAAUUGAUGUAGAAAUGAGAGAUGAAACAGAGGUAUGGACUGCUCCUGAUGGCUCUUUUACAAAGCGCAUUAUUAAAAAGGGUUUCGGGUUUACAAGCCCGAAUGAUGGUUCAUCUUGUCGGGUGACCAUCUCUAUAAUGGAUCUUUACAAGGUGGAGAACAAGGAUGUAGGUUACCCUACUGGUGAGGAGGCUGAUAUUUUGCAUGGAGAUGGCUGCGGGAUAUAUUCUGAAGCGAUAGAUGCCUGCCUUGAAACUAUGCAUUGCAGGGAACAAUGUGAGCUUCAAGUCUUUGAAAGUCGCAGCGUUGAAAUGGUUGGACAAACUCAUGGACCACAUCCUGUAGAAUCCAGGAAUAAGGAUUGGCUGGAAUCAAAUGAAGUGGCUUCAUUUGUCGUUACCUUGCAUGAUUUCACAAGAAACAAAGAUAUCCACAAGAUGAGUGUUGAAGAUAUCUUCUCCAGGGUAUCACAGCUGAAAGACUGUGGGACAAAGUGUUUCAAAGAGGGUAAGCUCCAGCUUGCAGAGCGAUUCUAUCUCCGUGCUGGUCAUUACCUUAUCAUGGUGUGUCAUCCACAAGACGUCAAAGACUUAGAUGAUGCCCUUCAACAGGAAUACAAUUUACUAAAAAAGAGCUGUUCUCUCAAUCUUGCUGCAUGCCAACUGAAACACAAGCGAUAUCAUGAUGUAAUUACCCAUUGCAUUAGUGCCCUAGAAAUCGACCCAUUGAAUACAAAGGCACUCUAUCGUCGCUGUCAAGCAUACAUUGCCUUAGAUGAGUUUGAGAAGGCUAGAACAGAUAUACAAACUGCAUUGGAUGAAGAGCCAAAGAGUAAAUUCUUUUUAGAACAGAAAAGACUUCUGGUGAAAAGAGAAAAAGUGGUUUAUAAUAAACUUUCUAAAGGUAUGAAUAAGAUGUUUGGAGGAUCCUCAUGACAGUAAACAGUUUUAAUGGCCUUUAAACUUUGAUGCAAGUUACAAAGAUAGUAUAUUAGUUCAGAGGCUUGGAGUUGUCUGAGUAAAGUCAGGUCAGUGUCGCAUUGCAUAAAAGCUAAGUAUGUUAUAACUUUGACAUUGGUAACAACCAUGAAAACAAGGCUAAAAAAUAAAGUAAAUUGGGUUUCAUAAGAAACUGAUCAAACUAUACAAGGGCACUACACAAAUUGCACUCCGUCAAAAUGACAAAAUUUUUUACACAGGCUUGCUUCAAUAAUCUUUACUAAUCACGUGUCAAUAAUUUGGUUCAAUCACAGAGAGGCUAUAGCCCCCCACAUCAAUUGGUUUCAGGUUCCAAAGUCACAAAAUGGCAAAAGAAAGACCAAUGAAAAUGAGAUGGGAUUAAACAAACUUCACAGUUAUUGGCUUGAUCACAUUGAUUCUACAGGAAGUUGAAAUCAAAAUUUUCAAUGACUGGAACAAUCACACAGCCAUACACAAAUCUAUGGGGAUGUCCUGAUAAAGCGGGGAUAAUCUUUACACAGUGUUAUCUGUGUGUGGCUGUGAGUGAGAUACACACAGACACACACCAUGUUAGAUUAUUCCCUGCUUACCACUAGUUCACAGUUGUUUUUUUAGCAAACUGUUGAAUGAAAAAUAUUACAUAAUCCCAAAGAUUACAAUGAAAAACAGAUCAUAAAAGAAUGGAAUUAAGCAUAAAAUUUAAAGGUUUUUUUGAGUGUGCAGUGUGUUUUGCAUAUAGACUCAAAACAGACAGGAUGGUUGCAGACUACUUGUGAGCAAUACUAUGAAUCAAACAUGAGCAAGUUAUACUUGUACAUUGCAUGAAAUGUCCAAAAAUGAGAUAUUUGUUAUUAAUGUAGAUUAAAGAUACAUGUCUUUGAUUGAAAAGAUGAAUUCCAGUUUACAUGUCAUCAUUGAAAGUGUUUUGCUCUUGGGUAAUCCUAUAAAAUAUGUAUGUCCUUUGGGGACCUUCCUGAUGUGAUUUUUCUGUUUUCUAUUCAUGACUUGAGCAGUUUGUGAACUGAUGUAAAAAUUAAAUCAUUCAAUAUUUUCUAGUUUGCUCAGUAA